AUGAGGCAAAGACCAGCAACAUCUGAAGUUAAGUUACGAGUCCGUUGGAACCCUUCACCUCAGGAUUUUCUUAACCGAACACCGCACACAAUGGGAGAGCUUGAUAUAAAAAUAAACCAUUCUCACAAGCAUACAUCCCCAAGUAUCUUAAUUCAGCCAGCUGGAGAUUCAACUCCUAACUCCUCCUUUCUCAGUCUAGUGAGUAAAUCUAAUGAAUAUUCCUAUUUAUUGGAAUAUUAACCCUAGAGAGAGUAUAGAAAUGUUUUAGUAUAAACUGUCUCUCGUAUUUAUAAUAAUAUUAAGUUAUAAUUAAAUCAGAAAUUUAAAAUGAAUUUCAAAAUAAAAAAUGAAUCCCCCAUAUAUAGAACCAAAAAAACUUGCUCAAGGAUGGUGGUAAGCAUAAUCUAGAAAAGCCAAAGCAUAAAAGUGAAAAACUCCUAAAAUCACGUACAACUUGCCCACUAAACUUUAUAAGAAACAUGCCUGCUGAACUAAAGUCUGAGCUAAAAUUCACUCCAACCCAAUACGUUGCGAAAAUUUUCGAUAUAAAACAGGCCCAAUAUAUAAGAGACUUUAAAUCUCAGCCUGGCUCUCUAGCAAACUCCCCAAAGAACUCUCCAACAAAUAGUAGAGAAGUGUCUUUAUCACAGCCUAGACAAGAGCUAUUUUUCAGGCUAGAUAAUAUCAUCAGCGACUGUACAAUGCAAAAAGAAAAAAUCGAUAAUUGGCACUCAAAGACUAAAACUCGACUAGGGAGAUUUAGCAGCAAAACUCAGCGAAUAAAGAAAGAGAUGGACCAAAUAUUAAAUCCAAAAAUUCGUAAUAAACAUAAUAAAAAGUGUAUAUAA